GAUCUGAAUCUCUCCUAUUCCCCUAGCCGAUGUAAGGCUGUCUUCCUCAACAUGUACUAGAGCAGCGUUUCCCAAACUGUGGUCCGUGGCCCAGUACUGGUCCUUAGGAAAAAAAUACUGGGACUCAACAUUUUUUGCGAGAGCCUGCCUUGCUGCCCACAACCCCCAGAUGAAUGCCGUGCUGAACUCCCAGUGUCAAAAGAGGCAGUGUGGGCUUCCUGUAGGGUUGGGGGGAGAGGGGGUACUUCUGCAGCUGUGCACCAGUCCCGGAAGUGCACGGGCUGCUCUCCCCCUGCCCCAAUAGCCGGCGCAGUACCUAAAACACCGGUCCAUCACACACUAGGGAUUUUGUUCCCUUGCUGCCUUCCUGCACGCGGGGGAGUACAGCUGAAACAGGGGCUACUACCAAGCAAGAGCUGAUACCAUAUUCCAUAGACAGAAACCCUCUUCCAUCUGGCUCUGUCAGUCUGGCCAGUGGUUUCCUGUUUGGGAGCAAGAUAGCCUGAAGUGCACAGAGUAGAUCCUUUCUGUAGACAUCAGCCUGUCAGCAUCCAGGCUGCCAGAUACAGGAUCCACCCUUGGUUCUGUAAGACCAGAUCUGAUGAAUCUUUGUGAAAGGUUCACGAGAAUUGAGUACCAGAGCUGUUUGGAUUUUGCUGGAAUUACAAUAACCCAACCCACCUCAAAUUCCUCAAAACCCAAGGCAUCAUGGGGCUUAAUGGAAAGGCACAUGUCACAUCAAGAACUCAACAGAGGAGAGACACAGCACAGAAGAGGGACCCCAGGCUUCUACUUCCCGUGCAGCAGAACCUCUGGUACUUAUGGUGACAGGCUGCAAACGGUGGUAGACUUUAAAAAACUGACCAACCAGUCCAUGCUUUGCUGUUUGAGGUUGAUGUAUCCUCCAUUCUUAACCACCCUUUCAAAGACUGCAGAUGUCUGGCAUGCUGCAUGUGACACACACUCAUUCAAACCUGUAUGCCAGAAAUCGAAGGUGGAGAUUACAGUGGCAAGGGUCACCCUAUGGAAUUUGAAUCCAAGGCCAAAGGUGCUGAGACGGUGAAGACUGAGGUUUAAGAAAGUUAAAACUAACUCUUUGAGGGCUUCAGGGAUUAAGACCAGGACAGUGAAUUAGAUUCAACAGAGCCAAUUAAGUACUAUAGUAAGGUACUCUGUUUCCUCUACCAGGAGAAAUAAAUGACUGCUACCAUUUUGUGCAAGAUGCAUCUGAUGAAGUGGGUCUUUGCCCACGAAAGCUUAUGCUCCAAUACAUCUGUUAGUCUAUAAAAUGCCACAGGACUCCUUGUCGCUUUUUCAAAUUCAGACUAACACGACUACCCCUCUGAUGCAAGUGUAGAUUAAUCCUCAGAGAUAUAGUGACAAUUACUGGAGGAGACAGGAUACUGUGAGGUCAUAGCUAGACUCUUAUCUAUGCAUUGCUUCCUGAACAUCCAUAUAUAUUGGGGUUUUCUACUGGCACAGUGGGAGUGUCAACAAGGAACUGGGGACAGUAGCAGGACUCAGAUGAUAUGGUACUUUGUGAUGCGAACAGAAAGUUUCAAAUUUGCUUUCAUUUUAGAGAGGCAGAGGUAAGAGCAACUGACUACGGCCUUCUAUACUGGAGAAAAUCAUGCUCAUUUUUAACAAAACAAGAGCUAAGCAGACCAAAGUAAGUCAAGGUGUAUUUACUCAUUUCUGUAGUUUCAGUUCUAGAAUUAAGAACAUAUGAUCUCAUUGCAGACAUGGCACAACCAAUCCAGCAACUGACCAGAAAUAAUCAACAGCAGGAGAGGGAAAGUAUCCCAUUUACACUGAUACACCGCAAAGAAAAGUUUGGGGAAGUGCUUUAUGAAAAACGCCAAUAUGGAAAAGCUAAAUGGGCUUGUAUUAAAAUGCAAGAACAACAAUAUGAACAGAGCAUAUGUCUGGGAUUUAUGAAGAUUAUGAAAUAUAUUUGUGAACAGAACUCUUCAGGAUUGUACCUGGGGAUGACUAUACCCAUUGUGACAAUAGUGCAUACUAACGAAUCUCAUGCCGAGAUCACACGUUCGGUGACAGUCGCAUACUACCUACCUGAACUCCUGCAGGAUCAUCCACCUCAGCCUUAUGAUCCUGACAUAAUUAUUGAAGAGUGGCCGCCUACUGUUGUUUAUACUAGGAGCUUCAGAGGGGUCACCAAUGAAGAUUCAAUAAUGAGAGAAAUAAACUUGUUGGCAGAACUUCUGGAGAGUCCGGAGCUAUGUUUGCAGAAUAUAUUCAUUGUUGCAGGAUACACCAAUCCAGCUGCUGCAAAUCGACACAAUGAAAUAUGGUUCCUGCAAAGACCAUAGCCUCCCACUUCUAAAGCCUAGCAUUAUCCAAAUUCCGUUUGUACACAAAUUUGUAAAUGAAUCGUGAGGCUAGCUGAUACCUCUAAGUCUUUGUGAUAAUCCACACACAGUUUUAACCCUAUUUUUCUAAACUAUAUAUUAGUUUAUCAAAAUAGCAUGACAAUCAAAUCCAAUUUAAUUAUUGGGCCAUUGGCAUUAAUAUCUGAAAUCAUAUUGACAAUUUUGAAGUCCUGUACCCAGUUUAUUAGAUACUUAAGUUUUACAGUUUAUCCAUAAUAUUUCAUUGAGAUUUGUGAAACUUUUUAAAUUGAUUCAUGUAAUCUUUGUGAACGAGGUAAAUUCAACUCUCAAAGGUAUAGUUCGUAAGUUCAAAUUAUAGUGUUAAACACUAAUUUGGUUUUAGAUUUUUCAAAUAUUUACAUUUUAAAUAUUUUUCCCAGUACAGUGUCUCUAAGAUGCCCUAAACAUUUAGCUUGAGAUUUUUCAAAAGUGCUUAUAAUUGGCCUAACUCUGCUCCUGUAGAAGACAACACAGGUUGAACACCUCUAGUCCAGCACUCUCUGCUCUAGCAUGAUUUUAAUUCCUCAAAUGUCCAUUUCUCAUGGGCGUGACUAAGUUCCCCACAGUCCCAUAAAGUUUGUUUACAGUCACCAGUCCUGGCUCUCAGUGUUCUGUAAUAGCUCUAAUUUACCCAUAAAUGUCUUCUAAGAGCCCAGUAAGCAGUGGAAGUUUUGGUAAUGCUACUAGAUGAUAUUGACCUCUCCUGGUUUGGCACCAGUCUGUUCCCAAGUAUGCUGGCCUAGUGAGGUGUAAUCAGUAAUGGAAAUUGGGAACAGAGUUUGGUCAAGUGCUUUGAAGAAUACCGUCCUUGAGUACAAGUUUUCCCCACACUUCUCAAAAAGAAAGUAUUUGUCACCUUUGAAAUACUGGGACCAGGAUGUGAACAGUCAAUCACAUUACACAGUCAAUAUUUUCUCUUUGGGCACGUCUAGACUACAUCCCUCUGUCGGAAGAGGGAUGUAAAUGAGCCUGAUUGAAAGUG